AUGACGGAACAACAGGUUUUAUCCAUCCAUGAGAUCACGGAAGUAGAGGUUUUAUCUAUCCGUGAGUUGGCGCAAGAAGGCUUCACGGGUGAUCAACUGGAGAGAUUCCUCAGAACUCUGCAAAGGGCUGGCGAUAGAAACGACACAAAAAUGCUUGAUCAAUUGAGGACGAAAGCAUUGGAAGCCUCCUUGGCCCGGGGAGGAGAAAGCACCACAUCCGACGACAAGGCCAAGCUGACGGAGAGCACCAAAUACCAAGGCGACGUUGAUUACCUGAGGCAGCAAAAAGAACACGACUAUUUCCCGUGGAAACGAGACUUGGCGUUGGCAGAGAUUUUCUGGGGAAAAUGUUCCGCCGAUGACGACGAUAAUGAAAAGAGGGAAGCAGCAAAGAAAAUAUUCAUUUCCAAGGCUAAGGGUGGCCGCCUAACCACAACGGAGGUGAUGAUAGGACAGUAUAUGUUCUUUGCAGAGGACCCCGCAUAUGGUUGGAAAUGUCUCCAAAGACUCUUGUUCCUGUGCGAUACGAAACAGAGAGUCCAAUUCCACAACUGGGGACUGUUUGCGACAUUGGACCCCUACAAACAGAAUAUGUAUGGAGCACGAGUGGAGAAACUGCAAUACCCUCUGUUCCCGGACCACCCGGAAUUUAGAAAGUUAAAUGCCAAAUUACUCCGCCCGACUAAAGGCACCAUUCACGGGGGAUCAUCGGAUGAAACGCUGGAACUUGAAAAAAUGUACGACAUGAAUAGGGAAGGACUCAUCACCGGUGGUGGAUAUUCAGAUGCCAUUUAUGAUGCUCAUGGGCAACAGAUUGCCCCUAGGGAUAUGAGCAACAUUCAGCAGCAGUUGGCCAACUUAAGGGCCAAGGUGGAGGACCUACACCGCAAGCUAAGCCACCACACGAACACACCGAAUCAUUUUCCCAACACGAAACAGAGAGCCACAGGAACAAGACAACGAAAGGGGAAUACAGGUACAGGAGGAAGCAAGGGACGCGGAUGUACCCUUUGCAACAAACCGACCAUAUCAGUACAGGGGAGGUGGAGAAUAUGCGAAUCAUGA